GGCCUGGGCGACUUCCGACUUCCGGCAGCGCCCGGAGCCGUCGCGCGUCGCCGUCAUGGCAGCUGAGGAGAAGGACCCGCUGAGCUAUUUCGCGGCCUACGGGAGCAGCAGCUCGGACUCCUCGGGCGAGGAGGAUAACAGCGAGCAGGAAGAGACGAACCGCAAGGCCUCAGAUCCGGCGAGGUCGUCGGGCGGCUGCGGGAACAAGGCGGAGAAGCGGCUGCCCGGCCCCGACGAGCUGUUCCGGAGCGUGACUCGCCCAGCCUUCCUCUACAAUCCGCUCAACAAGCAGAUCGACUGGGAGAGGCACGUCGUCAAGGCGCCCGAAGAGCCUCCAAAGGAAUUCAAAAUAUGGAAGUCAAACUAUGUACCACCUCCCGAGACCUACACUACCGAGAAGAAACCUCCGCCUCCAGAGCUGGAUAUGGCAAUAAAGUGGUCGAACAUAUAUGAGGACAAUGGAGAUGAUGCCCCACAGAAUGCUAAGAAAGCUAGGCUUCUUCCAGAAGGGGAGGAGACAUUGGAAUCAGAUGAUGAGAAAGAAGAGCAUGCUUCCAAAAAGCGCAAAGUAGAACCAGGAGAAUCGGCAAAAAAGAAAAAAUAGAAAACAACGAAGGACGAGACUGCUGGACUACUAAACCUGUUGAAAUGUGUCUUUGGUCAGAUUAUUUGAGAUUGUGGAUUAUUAUGACAAAACACAUCUCCAUGAAAGUAUGUAUGUUAAUGAACUAAUAAGUGUUGCUUCAAGAACUUUCCACUGUAGAAUCCAUUUUUUUAUUUAAAACUUGUAUGUAUUUAAAACACAAAUGGUGGCCUGUGAUUGUGAAAUUGAUAGUCCUUGGAAGCAUUCUUGCUGUCUAUCCCAGAGUUGGUGGUGUGCUUUGAGAGUUGUCACAUACUGACAUGCCAAUGUUCUAUGAACCUUUUAUAAAGGAAUAUAUUUUUAAAGUAAAUAUAUUGUAAUGUACUGUGAACUUGUGGGGUGCUUUUCGUCAGUGUUUGUACAGUGUAAAUAAAUCAUGGAAAUAAAAUUACGUAUUCAA